AUGGUUAAGAAAUUCGGGCUCCUUAAAAAAUCAUCUACAAUUCCAAUACUUGGAGUUGGUAGUGCUUCACCCGGCACAACUCUAGGUCUGGCUACUCUUCAAUUACAGUCCACGCAUUCGCCAUCUCAAGUACAACUAGAUGCGCACAUAUUGCCAAAAAUUACCACUCACAUUCCCUCAGUAGUGGUGGCCAACCAAGACUGGACUCAUAUCAACAACCUGGAGCUAGCUGAUCCAGACUUCCUAACUCCAGGUCCAGUAGACAUUCUCAUUGGCGCAGACAAUCUCAGAAGCAUACUCAAGUCACCUCGUUUAGUUAUGAGAGGUUCAUCGGAACCUAUGGCGAUACACACCGUGUUCGGCUGGGCUGUUCUCGGGCAAGCAUCCACGGCAUCUCAGUUGAGGCCAUUGCGAUCUCUUCAUUUGACCAGCAAUGAGGAUCUCCAAGAUACACUCACCAAAUUUUGGGUACUCGAGGAAGCUCCAACUACAUCAGAGACACACCUCAACUUGGCUGAGUCAGAGUGCGAACAACACUUCUCUGCUACUCAUCAUCGGGACGAUUCUGGUCGUUAUGUUGUACGACUACCUCUCAACUCCGAUAUCUCACGGUUGGGUAAUUCCAAGUUAACAGCGCAACGAUGCCUUCAACGUCUUCUCAAACGUCUCUCCUCUGAUUCAACUCUCAAAGAGCGAUAUUUUAAGUUCCUUCAAGAAUAUGAAAGUCUCGGACACAUGGUGGCUGUACCAUUAGAAGCUCCAGAGCCCUCUCAUACGUACUAUCUCCCUCAUCACGGAGUAUUACGUGAGCAGAGCACCUCUACAAAGCUCAGAGUCGUUUUCAAUGGAUCCAGCAAGACGUCAUCUCAAGUAUCACUCAAUGACAUCAUGCAUACUGGUCCAAAGACUCAAUCAGACAUCUUUGACGUAUUGCUUUACAUCAGACAACACAAAUACAUCUUUAUUACGGACAUAGUAAAGAUGUUCCGGCAAAUAAAGGUUCAUGAAGAUGAUUGGGACCUUCAACGCAUUCUCUGGCUAGAUCAAGACUUAACUAUUCGAGCCUAUCAACUAACGACCGUAACAUAUGGCACAAGGUCAGCCCCAUAUCUUGCUUGUCGAGUACUGAAGCAAUUAGUAGCUGAUGAAGGCGCUAAUUAUCCACUUGCAGUAGAUACCAUCCUCAAAGGUAGUUAUGUUGAUGACAUCUCGGGUGGUGCAGAAACCCUAGAACAACUCAAGAACAUUGCUACUCAAUUAAAUGACAUGUGCCUCUCAGCUUGCUUACCACUUGAUAAGUGGAAAAGCAAUCAUCCGCAAUUCUCACCACCAAGUAUCUCAACCCAACAAGAGCAGCCCAUUCAUACGUUCGAAGAUCUCACGUCAAAGAUACUAGGUAUCACAUGGCAUCCUCAUGAAGACAUUUUCUCGUUCCAAGGAAACAUCUCAUUCAAGCCAGCAAUUACCAAACGCGCCAUUCUCUCAGAAGUGGCACAACUCUUUGAUCCACUCGGACUCAUUUCCCCAGUCAUUAUCAGAGCAAAAAUCCUAAUGCAACAACUCUGGCUGGAGAAGAUUGGUUGGGACGACCCACUAACGCCUGAAAUAAUUCAUCAAUGGGAUAAAUUCAGAGAAGAUCUCAACACUCUCUCGACAAUCAAAAUACCUCGGUGGUUACACUUGCACUCUCAAACCUAUUCCAUACAACUUCAUGGGUUCUCAGAUGCGUCUCAGUUAGCUAUGGCAGCAGCAGUCUAUAUCAGAGUAACAUAUGCGGACAAUUCGUCAGUUGUUACGCUAGUCUGCUCCAAAACAAAAGUGGCACCUCUCAAACGUCUCACCAUUCCACGACUAGAGUUAUCAGCAGCUGCUCUAUUGGCAAACCUCACAAACCAUACUCAGAAGACCCUCAAUCUCAGUAAUGUGCCAGUAUUUCUAUGGACUGACUCCUCAGUCACGCUCGCAUGGGUAAAGAACAAUCCAAUGAGAUGGAAGGAGUUUGUGGGCAAUCGAGUAUCAGCCAUUCAUGAGGCUGUCCCACAUGCUCAUUGGAGAUUUACAUCCGGUAAACUCAACCCAGCUGAUUGUGCUUCUCGGGGCUUAAGCGCUUCUCAACUCAUUGAACACACACUGUGGUGGACUGGACCACCAUGGCUCUCGCUAUCUCCGGAAUUUUGGCCAUCAACCGUAGCACCAUCUCCAGAGCAUGAUUUGGAAGAAAGACCCGGCAUCUCACUCUCAGCAACGUCACCUCCAUUACUGUGGGAUCUCAUCGACCUACCUCAAGUCAAAUCCUUCAAUAAAAAUCUUCCGAAACUACUCAGAAUCACAGCAAUCUGUCAGCGAGCCAUCUCAAGAUUCAAACAAGUUCCAAACUCCAGUUUAGCCAUCUCACCAAUUAACCCAGCUGACUUAGAGGUUGCAAAGCUGUUUUGGAUACGGGAGACUCAAUGUGCAUACUUCUCCUCAGAAAUCAAGGCUAUUCAAGCUGGAAAAGGACUUCACAAGAAUCAUGUUCUGUCUCGACUAACUGCAAUAGUUGACCAUACUGGUAUAUUGCGAGUUGGAGGUCGUCUCCAGAACUCUCAACUGUCCGAGGACAGCAAACACCCGGCAAUAUUGCCCAGACACAGCAAGCUCUCAGAUCUGAUAAUCGCAGAUGCCCACUCAAGAACUCUUCAUGGUGGUACUCAACUAACUCUCUCUCACGUUAGAAAGACUUGUUGGAUCAUCGGUGGCAGAGCCCCCAUAAAGUCAUUCAUUCAACGAUGCCUUGUGUGCGCCAGAAUACGUGGAAUUCGAGCUCAACAACUCAUGGCUCCACUUCCGACCUCUCGAGUCACACCUUCUCUAGUGUUUGAGAACACUGGAGUAGAUUAUGCCGGUCCAAUCACAUUAAAAACCUUUCAAGGUCGAGGUGCAAAAACCUUUAAAGGCUGGAUUGCAGUCUUUGUCUGUUUCACGACCUCCGCAAUACACCUAGAAGCAGUUUCAGACUACUCAGCAGAAGGCUUUCUCAAAGCUUUUAGACGUUUCACCAGUCGUCGUGGCAUCUGCAAGACUAUUCGAAGUGAUUGCGGCACGAAUUUUAAAGGUGCUGACGCCAUUCUCAAAGACCUAUUUCGUCAAUCAUCAAAGGAAUCUCAAGAACUUCAACGGAUUCUUGCUAAUGAUGGAACUAAGUGGAUAUUCAAUCCACCUGGAGCACCUCAUAUGGGUGGAAAGUGGGAAGCAGCAGUUAAAUCAGUAAAGCACCAUCUGCAACGAACUAUCUCAGACACGCUUCUCACUUUCGAAGACUUCUCUACCUUCCUCGCUCAAGUAGAAGCGGUACUCAACUCACGACCUCUCAGUGCGCUUUCAGACGACCCAGAAGACAUCUCAGCCUUAACGCCAGGACACUUCAUUCGUGGAGAAGCUCUGACCACAAUACCAGAACCAUCUCUAUGUUCUGUACCUGAACCAAGACUCUCUCAUUUUCAACGCAUUCAAGAACGAUUUCAAAAAUUUUGGGAUAGAUGGUCAACGGAAUGUCUUCAAGCGCAUCAAUCGAUUUCGAAAUGGCAGAAAACUCAAGACAACAUCAAAGUGGGCUCAUUAGUUCUCCUCACCGACGAGCGAUUGCCUCCAUCAAAGUGGCCUCUCGCUCGAGUCAUUCAACUUCACCUUGGGCAGGAUGGAUUGUGCAGAGUAGUAACUGUCAAAACUGCCACCUCGACUCUUACUCGACCAGUAGUCAAACUCGCUCCACUGCCAAUCUCUCCACAUCAAGACGACUCACAAGAAGAGGAUUCUAAUUCCUCACCUAGUUGCGGAAUUGGGGGGGAGAAUGUUCGGAAGUAA